AGUCAUCGCGUUAACAUGUUCCUUAUGUAUAAAAACGGUGUGCGAUGCGUCAUCGAAAAUCAGUUAGUGUCGAGAUUUCAAUUCGCCUCGUUGUAUGCAACGAGGAAUAUUCUGGCGAAUAAAAUGAAGAUUAUCGAGGGAGGGAUUUUAUUAUUCGUUGUGAUAGUAACAGCAUCAGCAAAUGUUGGGACAAUUAAUGUUGAGUGUCCACCAGAGGUAGCUCGGGGAAUGGGAGUUAAGGCCCAGAGCAUAGGGAUAAAGCCUCAGUUAUUUGUAUCAAGUUCAGUCAUCAAUGCGGAAAAUCAGAAAACUGGGGCGAUCGCUGGCAUGCAGAAACCAGCAGGACUUGGGCUAGGGCCAGAGGGUGGCAUUGCACCAAUAUUUUCCCCAAUCGGCGAUCUUUGUUUUCCCCUCGCAAGUGGUCGAACAGACAAUCGUCGACCUGUUGUUCACCCCGCGAGAGCAGUGAUCCCUAUUCAGCCCGGACAAGUAUUGUCAUUCAAUGUCAACCCGAACGAGGCGAGUCUCUAUCGGGGUAAGAACUACGGAGGCUACCCCACCUCUGCAGGAGGCCACUCUCACAUUAGCCCUGUAGGUUACUGCCUUACCGGCACCGGGGCCCACGGUCCCAACGACUACGGAGUGCUCGGUUACACCAGCACCAACGGAGGCAGUGCUCCCAACAGCUACUCAGGCAGCUACUACCCCCACUGCCAAGGACACCCGAAUGCCUAUUUCGGCGGCUAUUGUCCCAUUGGUACAGGGGCCGGAGGACCCAUCUGCUAUGGACGAGCCUACUACUCCAACUCUGGAGGGGCCGGUGGUGUCGGUAACUGCCCGCACUGCAGUGCUGGUUGUUACUGUCCAUCAUGCGCUGGCUUGUCGAGCCCUGGGAACCAAUCCCCAUUGCCCACAUCUGGACAACCCCAAGAUGUACUUGUGGGUUUCCAAAAACCAGGUGCGACUGCACAAACUCCUGAACAAUUCAGACCAACUGCUGGUGCUGGGAAUACACCACGGGAUAAAUUUAUGGCUCUUUUCCGAGCAGUCAAUCCCGGUUUGGGUGGUGGGAAUGGUAGAGGUACCACCGGACAGGGUCUACUCACUGACGUGGAUGUCGGUCUUACUGCUCCUCUUUUGUCCUUCGAGGAUCAAGAGAAACUUUACAACGGUAUCAUAAAAACAACUCCAGACGCUCGAGCUGAUCCAGUAUCCAUUUCCCUUGCACACAAAAAUCUCCUGGGACCACUUCAGAAUUGUUGCAAGGGUCAAGGUAGAAGAAAAUGUGUUGCUGAAUCGUCGCUAUAUUUCGGCCCAAAAAAAGUUCCGGCCGAUGGACGCAAGGAAAUUCCGGAAAAAGAUUUCCCGGAAGAGAAACUUCAUGCCGUUGAUAAAGUCAUUGUUGAACUGAAGCCCCUGGAGCCCACUUCCGCGAGAAAGAGUGGAUGGUCUGUUGAAUGUGACGAUGACGACGUGGAUCAAGGUGAACCCUUGUCAAAGGCCAACAACAUGCUGAUGUUGUCUGACCAGGGCAAUGGAGCUGGUAUCACUUACAGUGAGUUGGGAUACGUACCAGUAGGUACAUCAAGUGACACAUCAAGAAAUGCUGAACCUGGGCUCAGUGGAUCUGCCCUAGAUGAGCGAGAUAUCAAUUUGUGCCAGAUUAGUGGGCCUCCACAUCCUGAUUUCAUACGUGGGGAUGUCACGUUCGAACUACCCAAUAAGAAUGCCCCGGGAUCCGGAGGUGAUUGUGGCUGUGGAUGUGGUGGACGUCGGUACGAUGAUGACUCAUCCGGUACCGAGGAUGACGAAGGUGAAGAAGGCUCCGGUGAAGAUGACGAAGGAUUGACUGAUAUUUGUCAAGAUCUUGAAACUCUCAGCAACCAUCGAGUCAAAUUCGGAACGUACAGGAGACGCGGGAGGUUGAGCAAAUUAUGGCAUUCAGCACAAGAUCCUGCGAGAUUUAUCAUGUAGAGGAAAAAGAAAAAUGAGGGGUGUUAUUGAAUUAGAAGGCUGAUAGGGCAAUUAUAAGGCGAUUAUAAAUGCCACUUGAACUAGUCGAUUUCCUUCAAAUUAAAAUAGAAAUUUUAUUUAUCAUUCUGCACUGUUAGAAAAUUUCUUUUGAAAUUUCAAAUGAAUAUUUUUCAUUGAUGAAUUAGUUAAUGUCUUCAAUAUUCAAGUAGUCCCUUUGCAAAUACGUAUUUCUCAAUUCUAAAUCUAUUAAAAGUGGUAGGGAUGAGCAACAAAUAAUAACACAUACUCUUGUGAUAAAAAUAACUUCAAAACAGUUUAAUUAAACACCGAUUCAUAUGGAUAAAUUUUGGAGCAGAAAAACUAUCAAACACUCAUGUGGUCCCCAAAUAUAUCAACCGACGACCGUGUGACCUGUCACUCUUGACACCUGCGCAAUAGACAACUUUGCUCUCUCUAACAAAAAGUGUGUUAAAUGUUGUGUUCAAUUUUCCCCAUUAAGUUGAAAUUUCAAAUUUUUAUUGAGACUGAAAUUUCAAGCAAUUUCGAGCAGUUUAAAAUCAUGAACAAUUGUAAAAUCGUUACAACUCAUGACAGGGAGAAAAUUAAGGAUGAAAUAUUCAAUUUGAAAACUUUUUUAUGGUGGUAUCACCUUUACUCAUUCUAACUUUCGUUGAAUAAAUUGAAACAUAAGUCACUUCUCAGUAUUUUGAAUGUCCACAGAAAUAUCUUUUGAGAAGAGCGUACGUGUAAAUGGAAGAAGAGGAAGAGAAUAAAUGACAAGCAAGAAAUCAUGAGAAACGUCCCUUGUAAAACUCGGAAGACAGUAUGGUGCUAUGUGGAGGUUUGUGUGGUAUAUAGAGUGCCUCAAUAAAAUUUAUUACUAACCCUCUGUUUCCGACCCUAAAGCGCGCUUGUCAUCGGUUCGUAAAUUUCCAAAGCAGAGGAGGGAAUGCAGGAUGAUAUGUAUACGUAUCCGAAUUAUGGAAGGGGAGGGGCAAGAAGAGAAAGAUCCGGCCAUAUGGUACCACUAGAUGAUUGCUCCAAAUCUCAAACUACCCAUCAAUGAUGUUUUUUCUUGAGAAAAUAAUGAUUUCGUCAGUUGCCACUUCGAGAGGGCUCAAAAAAUGAAAGAUAACAUCAAGACAAUUUUUUUUUAUUUUCAAGUGAGCAGAUAUAAAUAAAGAGUAAUUUUGUAAAGGUUUUGGCUCCUUUUCCACUACGUAACGACGGUGUUCGUCACCACAGCUUUUUUUGGUUUCUAGGUUUAAAUCCAUCUCCUUAUAAUGUGAAAUAUAUAUGUAUGUGGUUUAUUGGUUGAGAACGCGGAAAAAAACUAGUGGGAUAAUGCGAGAUUUGAAAUGUAAUUUACGCGAUUUGUAAACUCGUAAAUUACGAUUUUAAAAAUGUAACUCGUGGACAACCCAAGGAACAAUAGGGCCUUGUCUUUGGGACGGACUUCUCACCCUGGACGAGUUGAGGGCGGAGACACUCAAGAUCGAGCUCUCGAGGAAAACACCCGAGUUUUCCAGCGCAGUAGUCUUUUAACGCGACUUACAUCUAAAAAUUGUUUGUGACUAAAUCCAAAUAAAUAUUGUGACAUUUGAUAAAA